GCAAGAAAGAAAAUGUAGGUAACAGGUUGGAAGGAUUUACUGCGGGGAAGAGUUCCGGCUUAUUUACUACUUGGGGCCUUUCUUUUAAAUUGUCUAACUGACAAAGACGUCUAUGUAAAUGAGUGGUGAGAUUGGAACAAAGCAAAGCUGACUGGACAUCUGGCACGUCGACUUGAGUGAGGAACAGGAGCCAGGGCUGGACCAGCAGGUCUUCUUACAGCCUGAGAGACACAAAACAGGACCAGAGGGUGCAGACAAAGCCAAGCAACCUGUACCGCCAUGGCUUCUCUAGGGACGCAAAUGGUGGCCAGUGCCCUGAGCCUGCUGGGCUGGGCCCUGGUCAUUGUCACCAGUGUGCUUCCCUUCUGGCGGGUCACAGCCUUCGUGGGCAGCAACAUAAUCACCGCGGUGAUCAUCUGGGAGGGCAUCUGGAUGACGUGUGCGAGCCAGAGCACGGGUCAUGUCCAGUGUAAGCCCUACGACUCCAUGCUGGCUUUAAGCUCCGACCUGCAGGCCGCCCGCGCUCUCAUCUCCUUCGCUAUCGUCAUCGGCGCCGUCGGACUCCUAUUGGCCUUCGUCGGCGGGAAAUGCACUCGCUUCCUGGAUGAAGCAGCGGGCAAGGCUAAGGUCAAGGUUUCCUUGGCGGCAGGAGUCACUUUAGCGGUGACCGGGCUGCUGUGUCUGAUCCCUACGUCCUGGACGGCCGGAACGGUUGUCCGACAGUUCUACAGCGUCGCCACAGACACGGAGAGGAGGGAGUUGGGGGCGUGUCUGUACAUGGGCUUUGGAGCAGCCAUCCUCCUCAUCUUGGGAGGGGGGUUAUUCAUCUUCACCUCCUUACCCCGGAAGAAUGACGAGGAAGACAGGAGCCCCUCAGUGCGUUACCUUGUGGUCCGCUCAUCCACUGGAGGAUCCAGCCAGGCAGCCUCACAGCGCAGCCGGAGAACCCCCACGAUGUCUUCGACCAGGGGACUGAUGUACAAGCAGCCUCCCUGGGCGGUGGCACCUUCUGUGGCUGGACAGGAAGUCCCGCUAGGGUCUUGGGGGUCAGGAGGGAGUAAGGCACCGUCCACAAAGUCUCAGAUGCAGAGACUAGAUUCCAGUAGGUCAGAGCUGAGUGAAGUGGUGUCUACAAAGUCUGAGCAGCUGAAACAAGUUGUGUCUGAGGAGAGUUUUGCAGAGUCAACCAAGUCUAAUCUUCAGGAAUCGUCAUCUUUAAAUGCGGGAAAAACAUACAUAUGAGAGCAUAGGCACACACGUGCACACAAACACAGACUCAGAGACAUUUAAGAAUGAUUACCUUUUUAUGCAAAUACUAAUAAUAUGCAAUGUUGUUUUUGCUCUAUGGUCACUUGUCAUAUGGAGUGGAUCGUUAUAAUAGAUGAAGGAUUGAGUCUAUUUUGCACUGAAAGAGGUUGCAUGCUUUUUACUAUGAGUUUGUAAUACACUUUAGAUGAACACACUAAACGUUUUGUCAUUUGAUGUAAAAAUAUUACGUUGAUGUUGUAGCUGUGAAUUUAUGUUAAAGCUCUUUGAUACUUUUCCAGUAAAGAUAUAACGAAAGGG